CCUGCAGUGCUUUGGCUUAGUCCGGAGCGCCCGGGUCAUGGAUCACAUGGAUCACAUGGAUCACCAUCACCAUCAUGGGAACAUGGACAUGGCCGGGAACGUGACGGAGGAGGUUUUCUGCCUGGGAGAUGGUCAGGUGAUGAAUAAUGGAUUCCAAAUUGCCAUCGGCUCCGCACAACCCUGCGCACUGUUCCUGUUUCCAGGAUGGGUUGUGGACACUCCAGCGAAGUACUUUGGCGCAUGUUUUGCAGCUUUCCUCAUGCCGACGGUCAUUGUUCUGAUUCAGAUCCUGCGUGAGAAAGUGCUGGAAUCCUCAAAAAACAGUAGCCGCACCUUCGGACUUGAUGCGCUUGCUGCGGCCUGGUAUGGACUCCAAAUGAUGUUCGCAUAUUUCCUGAUGUUACUCGCGAUGCUCUUCGAGACUGGGAUCUUCCUAUGCAUUUGCUUUGGCUUCGUCGCCUCGUUCCUUCUCCUGCAACGCUACAAGCGCUACAAGGGCGUUACAGGGGAGAAGGUGGCCAUGGACGGAGCACCCUGCUGCGCUCUGUGAGAGCGACUGGCUUCAUCUUUGGUUCAUCCGACGGAGAAACCAGACCUGCAGAAAUGGGGAUGGAGAGCAUCAGGAACUGAG